UCUUUCCCGGGGGGAAGGACCUAUGGGCCGGCUCCUCCCCUUGCCUCCGUCCCUUCGCCGCCGCGGCUCGGUAGUGUGAAGGACAGAUUGGAUGUUUCCCCGAAGUUAACUCCAAGGUGACUUCUCACUGCACAUGGACAGUGAUGAGGCUAGGUGGAGCAGCUUCUUGAUAUCUCAACUAUGGAAGACCAACUUUGUGCUAACUUUGAGAUUUCUGUGGAAAAACCUCCAGGAGCAAGUCCUCCAUCCUUCAUUGCUUUGCUGAAGGUAUACAGAGAACUUUUGGUCAGUAGAAUCCGAAACACGCAGUGUUUGAUUGACAACUUGAUUGAGAAUGACUACUUCUCCACUGAAGAUGCAGAGAUUGUUGUCCAAUUUCCAACUCAAGCAGAUAAGGUUCGCAAGAUUCUAGACUUGGUUCAAAGCAAGGGUGAAGAAGUUUCAGAAUAUUUCAUCCGUGUCCUGCAGAAAGUCACUGAUGCUUACUAUGAACUUCAGCCUUGGCUGGAUGAAAUAGGUUAUGAGCCUUCAGAGAAUAUUUGUAGUAAACCUGUGGUAAAUACAGAUCCAGUUAGCAGGUAUUGCCAAAAACUCAGAUGUGAACUGGGACGGGACUCCAAGUUUGUUAUGUCAUAUGCUCAGAGGGAAGAGAUGCUGCUGGAAGAAAUCUACUCCAACAGUAUUAUGGAGCUGGUCAGUUUUACCCAUGAGAGUCUAGGCAAAGUGUGUCAAUUAGAAGCCCUUUUUGAUGACACAAUUGGUCUAAUUAAUGAAGAUGGAGAGACUAUUUAUGUCUUUGGUGAUGCAGGAAUUGGAAAGUCCAUCUUGCUGCAAAAGAUACAAAGCCUUUGGGCCAGAAAAGAACUGGACGUAGGGGCCAGAUUUUUCUUCCAUUUCCGAUGUAGGAUGUUUAGUUGCUUUAAGGAAGAUGAAGCCAUAUGUUUGAAAGACCUACUCUUCAAAUAUAAUUGCUACCCAGACCAGGAUCCCACAGAAGUGUUCCAUCACAUCUUACAAUUCCCUCAUACGGUUCUUUUCACAUUUGAUGGCUUCGAUGAGAUCUAUUCCAACUUUGAUCUCAGUAGCAUGCCCGAGAUGUGUUCGCCCAGUGAACCCGUCCACCCCCUGGUGCUGCUGGUAAGCCUUCUCAGAGGAAAGCUGCUUAAGGGAUCCAAGAAAAUUCUUACAGCGAGGACAGGAACUGAGAUCCAAAAAAACAUCAUCAGAAAGAAAGUGUUGCUUCGUGGCUUCUCCAGCAAUAACCUGAAGGACUACACUGCUGUGUUUUUCAAAGAUGAGGGGCAACGAACACUGGUAUUGAACCAGCUGGAAGCUAACCCCAAUCUCUGCAGUUUGUGUACAGUGCCUUUAUUUUGUUGGAUUAUUUUUAAAUGCUAUGAACACUUCCAUUCCAUGUUUGACAGCCACGAGCUUCCAGACUGUUCUGUUACAUUGACAGAUGUAUUUUUGCUCAUGAUUGAAGUCCAUCUGAACCGGUCUCUGAAAACAAGUUUGCUGAAGAACAACACCAGGAGCCAAGCAGAGGUGUUCAAAUCACAAAAGGAAACUCUUCUAGCUUUGGGUAAAAUGGCAUACAAGGGGAUGGAGAACUCUUUCUUUAUCUUCAAGCAGGAGGAAGUCUCAUCAGUGAACAUAUCUGAAGGAGAUUUGCAAUUGGGCUUUCUUAGGACAGUUAAAGGUUACAGUGGCUGUGACGAUCAGUUCACGUAUGAGUUCUUGCACCUAACCCUUCAGUCUUUUUUCACAGCUUUGUUCCUGGUUAUUGAAGAGAAAGUGAGUGCCAAGGAGUUACUUCAGUUUUUCAAUGAGUGUUCGUCCACCGAGACUGCCCGGCCUACUUGCCUUCGUAUUCCUUGGUUGAAGAAACAACUAGCAGGGGAGGAUCCUUUCCGAAAUAAUGAACACUUUCAUUUUACCAACCUGUUUCUUUGUGGCCUGCUUUCAAGAUCCAAGCAGAAGCUCUUCAGACAUUUAGUUUUGCCUGCAGUCAUUAAGAGGAAGAGAAAGAUACUCAUCACAUACCUUGGGGAGAGCAUGAAAUCCCACCUGAAAGGCCUCACUCGAUCCAGGCUUCCAAACUACAAUCAGAUCCAGGUCCAACCCAACUUUGUUUGGAUGCUGAGGUGCCUCUAUGAGACUCAGAGCGAGAAAGUGGGGAAGUUGGCUGCCAAACGCAUGCACGCCAAUUACAUCAAGCUCACGUACUGCAAUGCCUACUCUGCUGACUGCAGUGCUAUUUCCUUCGUUGUGCAUCACUUUCAAAAGCGCCUGGCUCUGGAUCUGGACAACAACAACAUCAAUGACUACGGAGUGAAACAGCUGCUGCCUUGUUUCAGCAAGCUUGCAGUGAUCAGGCUCAGUGUAAAUCAGGUCACAGAUCAUGGAGUAAGGAUCUUGUAUGAAGAACUCUCCAAGUACCAAAUUGUGUCUUUCUUGGGCUUAUACAACAAUCAAAUCACUGAUGUUGGAGCCAAAUAUGUUGCAAAACUAAUUGAGGAGUGUUCAAGCCUUGAAUACGUUAAAAUAGGAGCAAACAAGAUAACCAGUGAAGGAGGGAAGUGCCUUGCCCAGGCCAUCCAGAAGAGCAAGACAAUGUUUGAAAUUGGGAUGUGGGGUAAUCAAGUUGGAGAUGAAGGAGCAAAGGCAUUUGCAGAGGCCCUGAGGAACCACCCCAGGUUAACAAACGUGAGUCUUGCAUUCAAUGGCAUCACGACAGAGGGAGGCAAAAGCAUUGCUGAAGCUAUGCAACACAACAACUCCGUGAAAAUCUUCUGGUUGACUAAAAAUGAGUUGGAUGAUGAGGCAGCAAUCAGUUUUGCAGAGAUGCUGAAGGUCAACAAGAAAUUGGUGCAUUUAUGGCUUAUCCAGAAUCAGAUUACAGCCAAAGGAGUGAAGUACCUCAGUGAAGCUCUCAAGGAGAACACAGCUAUUAAAGAAGUCUGUUUGAAUGGGAACCUGAUAAGCCAAGAAGAGGCCAAAGCUUUUGAAGAUGAAGAACGGAUCAUUUGCUUUUGAUUGAGGACUUUCCCAUGUUGACAAGCUUUGUGUUACAAAGGUUACUCCUGCGUUUGGGCUGCAGAGUUUAUAAAGGCAUAAAUCUGCAGUGCUCAUGGCAGGAGAGAGAUACACGAUUAGCUGCCUUUUUAUGAACGUGCUGCACUCCCUCAGCUCCAUCCUUUAUCCUGCCUGUUAAUCCUUUUGGUGAGUGGGAAGCUGCUGGGUAAAUAUUAAUGUCUGUAUGGUGCUUUGAAGGUGAAAUGCAAAGUGUUACCAGAUCAAAUCCACUGGCAGGUGUAUGCAUUUUGAUAACUGAGAUUUAGAUUUAUUCUGUACACUGAUGUAAAUAUUCCCUAACUUAUAUAGAUAAAUAUACACACACGCAUAUAUAUAUAUAUGCAAAAAAGGGGAGAAGAUGCACAAACUCCAUGAGCUCACAGUAUUACCUGCUGCAAAACUGAAAAUGAACAGCUUUACUGGAAACAUAAUCCAUCCAUAAUAGUUGAAUGGUAUCAAUGUUUUAACAUGAAUACCUUCUCCUGCCUAGAAAUUAGGCCCAUAUUUCCCCACUGACCUCAGGCAGCAUUGUAGACACUGCUUAUUUUGGGGGAAGAAAUUGAUACAUCAGGCUCAGAUUACUUUCAGUAGUCUUUUCUUUUUCCAUACUGAAGCUAAUAGGUUUUCUUUUAUACAACCAGAAGUCCUUAUUGCCAUGGCUGUAAAAACAUAAACCUGGCAGUAAAACACUCCUGCUGAACGCUUCCUGAGGACUGCAUAGAAACUGCUACCUCCUGUUUUCCACAGUGUUUGUUCUGGGGAGGGGGUUUGGAAUCAAAUUAAUUAGCAGGCUGUUCGUUGCCUUGGCUCUGGGCCUAGACACCAUGCUGGUGGGCAAUACACCAAUAUUAAGUUGCCUAGCUUCAGGGGGGAGGAAGGAUGAUUGAAAAUCAAUUGUGUCAAGUAGAAAUCCCUCCUCUUAGCAACAUGUAAGCACAGAGAAGGAGUGAGAUUUGCUUGGAAAGCUUUUAUUCUGUGCUUGAACGAGUGGAAAAUGCAAGACAAAGGACAGGUAGCAAUGAUAAGGACCAGCAAGAAAACAUUAUCCCCCCCCUCAAAAUAAUUAGUGUUUAGAGAGUGUAACUUUAGAUGCCCGUAAAAGAAACCAGUUUGCAAAGAGUGGUGUAUUUGAUUAUUUUUGCGUAAAUUAGUCAUGCUUUAUAAAGGAUAAUGAAGUUCUACCCCACAGGGUGUACAAGGAGCCUAAGCUGGAAAAGCAUGAGCCAUUUUCCUUCCUCCUCCCAUGUUACCACCCCCCAAAACUUUGAGAAACAGUUCUCCAGUUGCUGACUAAUGCACAAAACCUUGGUAGGCUGGAAGAAGAAUCUCCAGUUAAAAUGCCACACUAAAGAGCCCUCACCCUCCCAUCUCCCACAUCUGCCCCAUAAAGCAAAACAUGAAUAAAGGCUUGCUUUGCGGGUCAGAGUGCCUCCAGUUCCUGUGUGGCAGCAGACCUUUCCCAGUCCCCAAUUCUCUCCCUUCAGCUCCGUAAUACAUUUUGAAAUACUCAUAAAGCUUUUCAGAAAACCUGCAGUUUACAAGAACAGAAGACCAACUUACUGUUCAUCCCUUUUCAGUGGCUUUUCCUCCUUGUCCAUGGUAUCAGCACCGGUGUUUUGCAGGAAGAUAGAUAAGGCUUUUAGACCAUGCCAGAGGACAGUCAGCUAACCUGAACCAUUUCUGCGCCUGGGCCAUUUAUUUACCAAGCAAAAGGGCACAUGGUUACAGAUGAGCUGGAUUCCAGCUGCAAAAUCAUCUGCCAAAGCAAGGCUUUUACAGACUCCUCAGCAACCCUAACAAGUCAGACACCCAUGACACAAAAUGUUCCUGUUCUGCCAGGCUGCCUUUACAGAGAGAGGCGACACUGGUGUGGGAAGGACCUUCACUGGAACUGUCAGUUGCCUGUGUUGAUGGGCAGUUUGCUCUAAUCACUGAAUUAUUUGCUCAGUUUCCAGGUAGAAAAAUGUAGUUUAAAACUCCAACUCUUGCCCUCACUUUACUGAUAGACUAAAGCAGCACAGUGUCUCUGACAGCUGCUUCCAUGCUUCCAAGCACAGACGCUUCUGCCCCUUAUUUUGGUUUAGAACAGCCUUUGGAGCUAUUGGUGGCACAACCACCUCAACCCUGUUGCAAAUCCUGUUAUGUGCCUGGCUGUUACAAGCUGGGUAUCCAGGGCAGUGUUUGUGGACAAGAGCAUCUACAUAGCUGCAGCAGCUAAACACAGCCUCACUCAGAGCAAGUGGUGGCAGUAGAUUCAGCCCAGCUCCACAUGAGACAGGGUUUGGCGCUGUUCAUGGUGUUAGUGACUGUGCCAAUUGCAGCCACUCAUUUCAGAGGUGAUUUGGGUCUGUGAACACAGCUGCGUCUGGCACUGACAAGACUGAGGGGUUUCACAGUGCUCCCAGCUCAGCCAGGGCAGAGGGUGCUUCAUGCAGCACAUCACAGCCUCGGAAAUCACAGUGGGGGAGCAGCUGGAGCUUCCUUGUCUAUUGGUACACCUUGUCUAUUGGCACACCUUGUCUAUUGGCACACCUUGUCUAUUGGCACAGCGUUUGGGGCCGCAGUUCAUUCUUCCUAGUCUUACCAGACCAUUUCUAGAGCACAUCGGAGCAGCACAUCUGCAGUGAGAGCCUUGUUUACUCAGAGACAACUGUCUUUUUUAAUACUUGUCAUUUGCUGAGACCUCCUCUGUACACAGCGUUGUUUUUUCCAUUUGUCCAGUGUAAUAGUAAAGAGCUUUUUAAAGAACUGA